AUGACUGCAGAGCACAGUUUAAGAAACUUUGGGACAACCAUUCGGCAGCAAACAAAAAGUUGGAGAGCAGAACAUAAAGCAGCCAGAACACUGGGUAUUAUAAUGGGCGCUUUUUUAUUAUGUUGGUUGCCGUUUUUUCUUUGGUAUGUGGUGACGACGCUUUGCGAGUACUGCUACACUCCCGACUGGCUAGUGGUGAUGCUCUUUUGGGUCGGCUACUUCAAUUCCGCCCUAAAUCCCCUAAUUUACGCCUACUUCAACCGCGACUUUAGGGAAGCCUUCAAGGACACCCUGAUAUGCGCCCUGCCCUGCUGCUUCUCCUGCUGGAAGACGCCCGCCAGGUUCCUUUAG